AUGAUGACCUUUGCUUUCCGUCUCAGUUCACUGGCGUGUUUAUCUCGCAGGCACGUUUUCUGUCGAGUUUUGUGAACAGAUGAGUACAGCAGAAAAAUAGCGCCAUGGCUACUAACCUGAGCUUUGGCUUACUCGACACACACAGGAGCGUGCGACAUGUCGGAAAACUCUUGGUUCAGUGCAUGAGUGGAGCUAGACCUUUCUCGAGUGCGACUCACAAGAACCGACUUGAAUUUGGGGAUUCCACUCUAGCUUCUUCCGACUUAAACACAUCUGCGAAAACCUUGACAAGACAGGAGAAGCUUAGGGAGGACAACAUUCCCUUUUCAUCGUUCUUGACGGACAACUUUGGCCGGAGACACAAUUACUUACGCAUCUCCCUGACUGAGAAAUGCAACCUACGCUGUCAGUACUGUAUGCCAGAGGAGGGCGUGAAGCUUACACCACGAGGCCAGCUUCUGUCCACGACAGAAGUACUGACCCUCGCUCGCCUCUUUGUCAAAGAAGGCGUGGACAAGAUUCGUCUCACUGGAGGAGAGCCGCUCAUCAGACCUGAUGUGCUGGAUAUCAUCGCUGAAUUGAGAAAAUUGGAGGGUCUGAAGACCAUCGCGGUGACAACAAAUGGCAUGAACCUUGCUAAACUGUUGCCUCUCCUCAAAGAUGCGGGCCUCGACCUGAUCAACAUCAGUUUGGAUUCACUGGUACCUGCCAAGUUUGAGUUCAUUGUCAGGCGAAAAGGGUUCCACAAGGUCAUGGAAGGAAUUGAUAAGGCCAUUGAAAUGGGCUAUGACCCAGUAAAGGUCAACUGUGUGGUCAUGCGAGGCCUCAACGAAGACGAACUGCUUGAUUUUGUUGGUCUUACCGAGAAGAAGCCCCUGGAAGUGCGCUUCAUUGAGUACAUGCCAUUUGAUGGCAACAAAUGGAACUUUAAGAAGAUGGUGAGCUACCAGGAGAUGUUGGAUCAUAUCAGACAGCAGUGGCCCGACUUGGAAUCGCUUCAAACUGGACACUCAGACACAGCAAAGACAUUCAGAGUGCCGGGCUUUAAAGGACAGGUUGGCUUCAUCACCUCCAUGUCUGACCAUUUCUGUGGCUCGUGUAACCGCUUACGCAUCACCGCAGACGGCAACCUCAAGGUGUGUUUGUUCGGUAACUCUGAAGUGUCCCUCAGAGAUGUGUUGCGCUCCGGAGCCUCAGAUGAAGACUUGCUGCAAAUAAUUGGCGCCGCUGUGGGCAGGAAGAAGAAACAACACGCAGGCAUGUUCAGUAUCUCCCAAAUGAAGAACAGACCUAUGAUCCUCAUCGGAAGCACUUCCCAAUUACAUUCUUCCAAAGACAAGCUCAAGUGUUUCCACAUUGUCACUCAGCGUAUUCAAAAAAUAUCUCCUCCUAUGUGCCAGCCAAGUGGAAAACGAGUCGUUAAUAGCGCAAACCUUAUGUGCCUUCGAGACCGCACUUCUUCAGCACGGGCAGACAAUGAUCGCUGCUCAACAAACGAAGUGAGUGGCAGCUGUCAUCUCAAUGUAAAGAAACAGACAGAACCCUUUAUCAAAGUAGAACAGCACUUGUAUGACUUCAAGGACGGUCAAACUGCCCCCCAUUAUCACACCAACACUGUGAAUUACAAACCCCAAACAAAUGAUCGUCUUAGACAUCUACCCGGACACUUACUCAUGAAGGCCAAAGUCAUCUGUACGCAACACAGCGUGAGACAAUAUCACAACGACACUUCCAGCCAAGAUCCCCACAUCCCACAGUCUGCGAGUGAUCCAGGUGGCCCUCACCUGGACGGUACCCCAGAAGCCCGCCUGACGCACACAGACGCCCAAGGCCGAGCAAGGAUGGUGGAUGUUGGCAGUAAAACCCCAACACGUCGAACAGCCAAGGCCCGCGCCACCGUCCUCUUGGGCCCCAUUGCCUUUGGGCUGCUGCAGACAAACCAGCUGGCUAAAGGCAAUGCCAUGGCAGUGGCCCAGUUGGCCGGCAUCAUGGGCUCCAAACAGACCUCGGCCCUCAUCCCGCUCUGUCACCCGCUCCCUUUAGACUGCACCUCAGUCACCCUGGACCUGGACGAGCAGCGCAACGCUGUGGUCGUCUCGGCAACAUGUCGCACCACUGGCAGGACAGGUGUCGAGAUGGAGGCUUUGACUGCGGUCUCCAUAGCAGCGCUGACUAUUUACGACAUGUGUAAGGCUGUGAGCCAUGACAUCAUCAUUACUGACAUACAACUACAGAGUAAGACUGGGGGAAAGAGGGACUUUCUCCGACCAUGACGAAACGUGAGAAUUUUUUUUUCCCUUGGAGGUUUUCUUUCAGCAAGCUACUAGGUCGGCGCUCUUUAGCGACCUCUAGUGGCUUCCUGGAGCUUUAUAAAAAAAAAUGUUUGAAAAUGGAAAAAGAUUUUGAUAGUCGGCUAAUAUAGCUCAAAUAGAUAUAGAUACAUGUUG